UUAAUUUAUGUGUUGUAUUUUAAAUACCUGCACUUCUAAACACAAUUUCCUAAAUAAUAAAUAAAAUGUUAGCUACAACAAGUAGUGCUGCUGCCUCUGUUUCAGGCAUUCCCGACAAGGCAUGGCAACCGCACUUUGUAACGCUGGAGACAACCAUGGGCGAAAUCACUGUUGAGCUUUAUUGGAAGCACGCACCCAACACUUGCCGUAAUUUUGCCGAACUGUCGCGCCGUGGAUACUAUAACAACGUGAUAUUCCAUCGCAUCAUUCGUGACUUCAUGAUUCAAGGUGGUGAUCCAACUGGUACUGGCCGCGGCGGUACUUCUAUUUAUGGUGGCGAAUUCGCUGAUGAAAUUCAUACGGAUCUGAAACAUACGGGUGCUGGAAUACUAUCGAUGGCUAAUUCUGGUCCAGACACCAACGGUUCUCAGUUCUUUAUUACACUAGCGCCUACGCAGUGGUUAGAUGGCAAGCAUGCGAUCUUUGGACGUGUAUAUUCAGGAAUGCAAGUUGUAAAACGUAUUGGUAUGGCAGAAACAGAUAAAAAUGACAGACCAGUAGACAGUGUGCGUAUUGUGAAAGCGAAAGUUGAAAAGUACUAAAUAUACAUAAAACUAUUUUUUAUUCUUA